AUGAAGUGGGCUACCGCAUAUUUGAGGGAGCACUUCUUUGGCCGCAUAAGAACUACAUCACAGUGUGAGGGAAUUCAUUCAUUAUUGAAGAACUAUGUUGACAGUAAAAUCAAUCUCCUUGAAUUCAUGCAUAAAUUUAGUGAAGUACUAAGGCAUUACCGAAACAACCAUCUUACUGCUGACUUUGACACCUUUUAUAAGUUUCCUGUUUUGACUACGUGCUUGGAAAGUUUUGAGAAACAAGCUACUGAACUUUAUACUAGAAAUAUUUUUAAACUUGUGAAAGAUGAGAUAGAAGCAGCAGGUGCUUUAAAUGUGACUGAAUGCCCAAACGGUGGAGAUAUUGUUGAGCUAUUUGAGACUCGUGGACUACCGUGCUCCCACAUCUUUGGGGUCUUGAAGCAUCGCAAUGCAAAUUGCGUCCCUACAUCUCUUAUCCUGAAAAGAUGGACAAGAGAUGCAAAGAGUGAUUUUAUAUGCUCAAUUGGCGAGCAAGACGCCGCUGAUGAUAUAGCGCCCACACUUAGACGCGGUGCAAUGGCAUCUAUUUGUUGGAAGCUUUGUGAUAUUUCUUCCAAAAAUUCAGCAGACUAUAGGGAAAUCUCAGGUGAGUUACUUAAGCUAAUUUCGAAGGUGCAAAAUAAAGGUGAUGCACAAGUGAGGCUUUCCCCCACUUCAGCGCUAAUCGGUGAUCCAGCUGUUGUGAAGUCAAAAGGGGCUCCAAGAAAGGUUCCAAAAGGGCAAAAGAGGCGAAGAUGUUCGCAUUGUAAGUCAGGCAGGCAUUUCAUUAGGACAUGUCCAUUACUCGCCAAGGAGGACUCCCCCGCCGAAUACUCAAAUGCUGAAGAUGAACCAAUGGUUGAAGAAUGUGAUGCCAAUAAACGGACUCCCUCUCAGAACACAAAAUCAGGUUAUGGAAGCAAGAAGUCUGUAUCUAAAUUGACAGAGACACCAAAAAUUAGAGCAAAUGGCAAAAAAAGUCGACAGAAGACCGAAGAAAUCAGUCUAAGUGAAGAGACAUUAAAAGCUAAGACCAACACAUCAGGAAUAGAAGCGACCGAAGUUCCAGAUACAGCCACAACCAAGAUACCAGGAUUGCCAUAG